CUAAACAUGAGAUCCUGCGAGAUAUUUCUCUUUAUUCUUCUUUUGAAAUGUAAGGACAUUACAACACACGCUGAAGAAGUCACCUGUCAGGAGCAAGAUCUCAAUAAUGUUCAGAUUUUAAUGGGGAAUCCAGGAAUCAACCCACCUUAUAAAUCUGGACAUGUCUUAGUUUUCAAAUGCACUGAUGAUAACAUGAAGCUGUACGGCCAGCGAACAAUUGAAUGCCAGUCAAAUGGAAAGUGGGAUAGUCCAUAUCCACAAUGUGGAGGGAGCUGUCUAGGGCAGGAACUCAACAAUGUUCACAUUUUAAUGGGACAUCCAGGAGUCAAUCCACCUUACACAUCUGGACAUGUCUUAGUUUUCAAAUGCACUGAUGUCAACAUGAAGAUGUACGGCCAACGAGCAAUCGAAUGCCAGUCAGAUGGAAACUGGGAUAAUCCAUUUCCACAAUGUGGAGAGAUUAGAUGUGAAAUUCCACGUGACAGUCGUCUUUAUUCUCCAAGUUACUAUUUCUACGGCAUUAUGAAAUUGGAUGUGAAAAGAUCUUACAGUUGUUUGUCUGGAUAUCGUCAAAUGGCAGCCGUGGCCACAUGUACAAGAGAUGGUUGGAAACCAGAUCCACUGUGUGCUGACACUCGCUGUGAAGCACCAAACAUCCCAAACGCACAGAUUGUGAGUCCUGAACGCACUAACUACGAAGUCGCUUCCAGAAUAGAAUACAAAUGUCUUCCAGGAUUCGAACCCGAGCAGCCCAUAGUAAUCACCUGUAAUUCUGAAGCCAUAUGGAUAAACAUACAGAGCUGCGUAGAAAAGGAAGGAUCUUGCACUACACCAAUCUUGGAAAACGGGUACAUAGACAGAAACCCCCCUACAGAGGACAGUCUCUUUUAUUCAUGCAGCACAGGUUAUAAACCAUUAACUGGGAAAUGGUGGGGAGCAGCGACAUGCAACAACGGCCAUUGGUCAAAUGAGCCGCGAUGUAUCCUGGAUGAGGAGGGUUGUGUCAGUCCUCCAAAAGUUGAAAACGCGGUCAUCAUCUCUAAACCUCAAGAAUGGUAUUCAUAUGGAUCCCAUGUAAUCUACAGAUGUCGAAGACACUUCACAAUAACGGGGAAUAGUAGAGUUUCUUGCCACAAUAAAGCUUGGGACGAAGCACCAACAUGUGAAGCUUUUUGUUCAAAGCCUCUUCUGACAGUAAACAAUGCCAAACUUAUUGAUGAAACACAAGAUGAGAGGAAAUAUACACAUGGAGACACAGUACGCUAUGAGUGUGAUGAUGACUAUGAAUCUAUGGGAGAGACCAUCGCUAAGUGUGACGCACAAACCUGGAUUUACCCAGAAUGCAUUAGAAAAUCUCAGUGUACCAAACCGACAACAAAUUUGCAGUUUGUGACUCUGUUAGAUGAGAAAAGUCUAUACAAUAACUUCGAAGGUUUGACAUACAUGUGCAAUAAACCAUAUGACAAAAUUCCAGAAGGAACUUUAAUGUGUAAAAGUGAAAAAUGGAUUGGAACGAUUGACUGCACAAGCAGCAUUUGUCCUCCACCACCUUUAAUUGAAGAUGGAGAUUAUAACAUUGAGGUUAAGAUCGAUGAGGUCAUCACAAAGGUUUCAUACUCUUGCCAAUCUUACUAUGUGCCGGACAAAGCACAGAGAUUUUACAGGUGUCAGGAUGGGAGAUGGGACACCCCUCCAAAAUGUCUGAAGCCAUGCAGAUUUACACCUGAGAUUUAUAUGGAUUACAAUAUACAACCUGUCCAAUAUAACUACUUACAGCACACUGAUAGAGAGAUUGCACUUGAUUGUAAAACAGGAUGGAAUGCUGGAGGUUUCAGAAGAUUAGGUUAUGUGAAGGGGACAUGCUCUGAUGGGAAGAUGACUAUUCAUAAAAAAUGUGAUACAAAAAUGAUAUUCCCAAACAAUGAAGGGUAAACACUGAGACCUGAAGCUUUCUGAUGUAACCAAAGCAUGAAGAUGGACAGACACACAGAGACAAGAACACAUAAAUGCAUUUAUGUUGCUGCAGUCUACAUGCUUAUCACACAGUUUCAUGGUUUCAAAUAAUCUUUAUAAAAUUAUCACUUCAGAAUAAAGAUUCACAUUC